AUGGGCAAGGCCGCAAGGUCAGGAGCCCUCCAUGGCCUCCUGGAAGAUAUCGUCGUCUGGGAGGUCCUCAUUCGCCUGCCGCCCAAAGCCCUCCUUCGUUGCCGUGCCGUCUGCCGCGCCUGGCGCAGCGCCACCUCCACCCGCGAAUUUCUCCUCGCACACCACGCCCACCAACCCGUCCUCCCCCUCCUAGACAACGGCAGCUACCUAAACCUCGACGACCCCAUAGACAUCUGCUGCUUCGACUAUCGGCCAGGGCUGGCCGCCCCUGACCAGCUCCAGUCCGUCGCCUUCUUGGAUCUGGGCGACGAUAUCUCCUACUGUCAACCGGUUGCCUCCUGUGAUGGCCUCCUCAUCUUCUUCAUUGACGACGCCGAAUUGUUCAUCUGCAAUCCGGCAACUCGUGAGUAUGCUCCCAUCCCGUCGCCUCCGAAUCAGCACUGGACCCUCCUCGGAAUGUAUCCUCACACCCUGACCGACGAGUACAGGCUACUCCUCUACUCGUGCGAGCGUAACCCAGGCAAUCAUGAGCCAGCUCAUGCGUGCCAAGUCUUGUCGUUGGGCUCCGGUCAGCCGCCGAGGCACAUCGGGUGGCCAGAUGCCAUUACAACUGCUAUUUUGAUGGAAUUACGCCCUCCUGUGCUAUUCCGCGGUAACCUGCAUUGGAUCCCGUCCGAUGAUGACAGCGAAAGCACGAUGAUAAUGGUGUUCGACACCACAUCUGAGUUGUUCCGGCAAAUGCGUACCCCCGUUGUUAAUGACUGUGCUAACCUGUUUGAGAUAGACGGCAAGCUCGGCAUGGCCAUCUUGAAUGUGGCGACAACCAUUGAGAUCUGGAUGUUGCAAGACUAUGAAAAGGAGAUCUGGAUCAUCAAUUGCCGGAUUGAAUUACCGGUUGCGGAGAUCAAAGUGCGAUGUGACAAUUAUGACGGCCGGUUGGAUUUUCAUGUGGUGCUCGUGCCUGGCGAUGGUGAGCUGCUUGUGCUGGUACAACUUGCCGAGUGGCUAUUUCAGCUUGGUACGGAUGGCAAGUUGGUCACCGCAUUACAUCGCAAAGAAGUCGAUGCUACUUAUCUUCAGCUCAAGCAAACUCUUGUUCCGCAUACAUUCUUUCACACACUAGAGGGUUAUGUUGUGAAUGCUCCGCCAUUCAUCUGA